GCAUCGCACUCGAGCGUGAUGCAAGGUGCUAGCAGUGCAUUGUCGUGUUAUCCGAGAUUAAUUCUCUUUUCUUAUACUCUGUUUUGUUUGUUUUUUCUUUCGUUCGUUGCCAUUUAACGCCCGUUUCGACGCAUACGCGGGACGAACGUCCGGCGAUAUCGUGGUACGAAUAUAAAUUAAUUGAAAAAAUACGUGGCGAUUAUAACACGGCCCACGGGGGAAAAAAGUAAACAUAAAGCAGAACGUACGUGUAGAUCGGGGACGUAAUCUCGUUUUAUCGAAAAAGUGGUGCGUUAGCCUCGCGGAUUCUGAACUGCUCGAGAACGGAUUAACGCGGUGCGCGCCCCGUGAACCAUCUGGAACGGUUGCUCGCUGAAUUUUUUACCCAUUUCUCGUCCAGCCGGUGUGCCAUACGAAUCACUGUUCGAUGCAAGUGUUUUCUAAGUGUACCAAAGAAAUCUGGUCCAUUCGAGCUAGCAAAAACUAAAUCUACAGUGUAUGAAAUUAAAAAAAGAAUUUGAAUAAAAGUGCAACGAUAGAAAAGACCACACAAUCUAAAACCAUCGCUAUAAUUUUUUUUUAAAUUUCUAAGUAAAACAAUCAUGAACGAAGAUUAAUUAUUCUGAAGAGAAACAGCAACUAUAAUUAACUCUUAAUUACCAUUGUCUAAUAGAAGUGUCAAGGAUAAAAGAGCAUCGAGUAGUUGAAAAAUUGUCUAAGACGAGAAAACAUCAGAACAAAGAAGAAAAAUUAGAAACGAUCGAGCAACUGCAUAAAGAUGACGAAGCCCCUCCUGCUCCCCUCUUAAUUCGGCACUGUAAUCGUAAGCAGAGUAUGCCGCGGAUGAAUUGGUUGCCAUUCCAUCGGAUCGUUGUGUGAGAAGCAUAGUUGAAACUAGGCGCUCUCUGCGCGAUCAUUUUAACCGGAAUCGGAAUUGCAACGCGUUUAUUCGUCACCUGGACAAUGUGGUCCCCAACGAUCGCGAUUCUCCUCUUAUUUGUUGCCUCGAGCACGACAAAAACGGUCGAUUUGUCACAUCGUGGAUUGAAGAAGGAGGAUUUCUUCAUGGAGCUACAGACGCAGAUCAAUCUGGCGGAUGUCACCGACUUGAUCCUCCGGGAGAACGAAUUUGACAGUUUCCUUGAUUGUUCCACUAAUCUUGCGAAUUUGAGGACACUGGAUUUGUCACAAAAUCACCUUCAACGAUUCUUUUUUCUCUGCAAAGACGAGUACAAUUUGCAGUUGUUGAACGUCAGUCACAAUAAACUCGAGUACAUCGACGACAAUGCCUUCAACGACCGAAUCCCGAAGCUCAAAAUACUCGAUCUAUCGUGGAACAAAUUAUCGAUUGUUAACGAGACCAUGUUGGAACAUUUCAAAAUUUUAGAAUAUCUUUCGUUAGCCAAUAAUCCGAUUAACAAUGGAAUCCAUGAAAACGCGUUUUGGAACUUGAAGGCACUGCGAUAUUUGAAUUUAAGCAAUGUAUCGUCGUCCCAUUUUACGUCGGUAUAUUUCAAAACGUUAUCUAAUUUAUCCACCCUAGAUUUGUCGGAUAAUCCUCUAAGAAUGGUCCCGUUGUUACCGAUUAACCUAGAAGAGCUCGACUUGUCCGGCACAUACAUAUCAGGGUUACAAGAUGUCUUUUUACCUCAAUUACGAGAACUCAAAUUGAAUAACAUGCAAAAUCUAAAAGAACUAUCGUUUAACGAUCUCGAGAAUCUGACCAGCCUGGAGAUACUAUCCGUAGUUGGUUCAAAGAAAUUAAUCCACCUGAAACUGUUCCCCUAUAAUGGACGCAUAUUGCCACGACUGCAGCAGCUGUUGAUAAACGACUGCUCUUUGAAAACUUUGGAUUACAAUAUGUUGCCGAUAAUAAAGAGAACGGCAGUUUUAAACCUACAAAACAAUCCUUGGAACUGCGACUGCAAAAUGCAGUGGAUGUCUAUGUCAAACUCGACCAGGAUACUUAGUAGGAAUAUCAAAUGCAGUGCACCCGACGAACAUCGCGACAAGCUACUGAGCGAGAUACCGAAUUACGAACUGGAGUGCGACGACCAGGCAUCAGUGUUCCAUCCAGUUCUUUGGGCUUGCAUUUUGAUACUGGUCGUGGCGAUUAUCCUGGCGGUGGGAUUCUUCCUCCUGAAACGACCGCUCGGCCGUUGGGACAUCGGGCGAAAAAACCGGGACACGGUCACCUACAAGAACGUGGACGAGUCCUCGAAUGAUAUGGUGAGAAUUUUAGCGGUCAACGAUGCGAUCGAGCGUAACGAAGAAUAAACGAACGCGUCUCGCAGAAAGAACAAUUGUACUAGAAAACGUAUUAAACCUACAAGAAGAGUUACAAUGAAAUUUGUCGGGAUGAUCGAAAUUUGAAAAAAACCCAUAGUUGGAUAUAUUGGAGUAGUAGCCAUGACAAACGUACGUUUCAAAUUUUCAUUUCAACACCGCCAAAUUUCAUUAGCGAAGACUCCAUCUAAGGAUCUCCUUAUUAGAAUAAGCGACAGUUUCUGAAAAGAAACUCAUUCAUCGAAUGGAACUUGAAUUUUGCGUCAAUCUUCCCUACCAUUAGUGUCGGCUGAUACUAGAGUGCAGGGCGUUUCAAAAUUGGCAAGAAAAUUGAAACGACGAUCGAAAGUGGAAAUAUUAAAGGAGAAUCGUGUUGUAAGGAUGCUUUGACUGGAAGUAAUCUAAUUCGCGACAAGAUAUCGGUUUGGAGGCGUCAAAGUAUGGGGCGCGUGUCGUUGACGCCUUGAACUCUUCAGAUACGGAUAUCUCGCGCGAAAAGUCAACGAUAUGAGAAAAAAAUCACUUCUCUCGAUUAACUUUAUAUCGUCGUCUAGACUUGCGUCUACGAUUUCGAGGCAUCUUGUACAAUUAAUUUCCUACAACUUUUAUUCCCCCUUUUUAAAUAUCCUACACUUGGAAUAGUCUUCAUAUAAACGCAUUUAACGAGCGGCAUUGUACAGGGAGAGAACAUCAAUAGCUUUUAUUGAAUCGCCACGUGUCGAAACACAGGAAAACACGUUGUAAACACGGAGGCAACGUUUAGUCACCUCUAGUGCAUCCCUUAAACUCGAAACACCAUAGGCUCGAGUACUCGAGCAUCAUCUGGUGUACGCAAUAACAAUGUGGGACCUCUGUGAAUCGAAUAAAACGUCUUUUUUUCUUUUC